GCUGUUCCAUAGUCUUCGUGUCAAAAAAUGAUAGAAGAUGUUGGUAAACAUUCUUUUCGCGUUUAGUUAACUAUUUGAUGUUUUCAACCAGAGUGUCAGUGACAAGUGUGGAAUAUUUCCAAGAAAGUGUUUGUGUUUACGUUGGAGUAUGUGAGGAUCUGAACGAUUAAUAGGGCUCAUAAUUUCUAUGAUGAGAUACGGCUACAUAAAAUCGUCGUGGAAGGAUAAAAUUCAAUUUCGAACCCGGCAAGUCCGAGGUGGUACAGUGAGUUGAUGGGGAUAAUUCAAGUGGCUCGAAAUCCGUUCACGACAUAAUAGUCGAACUUGAGUUGCCGUACCUAUCGCGAGUGUAGAAAGCGUAUGAAAUUUCGAUAAGUGUCAGUUAAACGGUGUCUCUCGACUGUAUCGCACCUGCAUUCGAAAUGUUGACGUACACGAAAAUCCAAUCCAUGCUGGAAGAAUGCGGACAAUCCCACCUUCUGAAUUUCUUCAACGAAUUGAGCGAGGCCGAACAACAGCAACUAUUGAAUCAGAUUUCGAGCGUGAAUUUUCACGAAGCCAACGAACUAUUUGGGAAAGCCAUGAAGAGCCUAGACGGCGAUCUGCAGGAAAUUGACUCGUUGAUGGAGCCAGUUCCGGAGUCACAGUUCGAAGCAGAAGAUACAUGUGACCCUAUCAAACUGGAAAAUUAUAGAAAUAAAGGUUUGGAGGAGAUUUCCAAAGGGAACAUUGGCGUUUUGUUGAUGGCUGGUGGUCAAGGUACCAGACUUGGUGUCACGUAUCCGAAGGGUAUGUACUCAGUUGGUUUGCCGUCUGGGAAAACGCUUUUCCAGAUACAGGCCGAGAGGAUACGACGUCUCCAAACGUUAGCGGAGAGGCGUACAGGAAUAGCCGGUUGCAUCCCUUGGUACAUAAUGACCAGCGGGCGCACACACGAAGAAACCAGACACUUCCUGGAAAAAAACGACUAUUUCGGAUUGGACAAGGACAACGUGGUCUUGUUCGAGCAAGGUUUGUUGCCUUGUUUCAACUACGACGGCAAAAUAAUCCUGGAUCAAAUGAACGUCAUCUCGAUGGCUCCAGAUGGCAACGGUGGCAUCUACAAGGCUCUACACCAAAACGGAAUACUGGAGGACAUGAACAGACGUGGUGUCAAAUAUGUACACGCUCACAGUGUUGAUAACAUUUUAGUUAAAGUUGCCGAUCCUGUAUUCGUUGGCUACUGCUUGGAAAAGGGUGCAGAUUGUGGGGCCAAAGUGGUCAAGAAAGCGUCGCCGACGGAGGCUGUCGGUGUUGUCUGCAAAGUAGCUGGCCAUUACCAGGUGGUGGAGUACAGCGAAGUGAGCGAAGAGACGGCAAAAAAAACCAACGAUAAGGGCGAGCUACUUUUCAACGCCGGCAACAUUUGCAACCACUUCUUCACAGUGGAUUUCCUGGCUGAGGUAGCCCGGAAACACGAUAGGUUCAUGAAGGUGCACGUCGCCAAGAAGAAGAUCCCCUACGUAGACGAGCAUGGGGUAAGAUACAGUCCCAAAUCCCCUAACGGUAUUAAAAUCGAGAAAUUCGUGUUUGAUGUGUUCCAAUUCACCGAUAAUUUUGUAACGUGGGAGGUGCCAAGGUACACCGAAUUCAGCGCGUUGAAAAACCCAGACGAAGUGGCCAGGGAUUGUCCAUCGACAGCUAGAAGGGACAUUUUGAACCUUCACAAGGUUUUAGUUGAAAGGGCUGGCGGUGUUGUUGACGGUGAGAUCGAGAUUUCGCCACUUUUAUCUUACAGUGGGGAGGACUUAGAAUCUAAAGUGAAAGGUAAAGUGUUUGAUUCUUACAUGACUGUUCUUAUUCAAUCCGAUGAGGAAAUUGUUAAGCAUAAGUCGAAUGGAGUAAUCAACGGUCACAAUUGAACCUUUGCCGAUAUUUAAUACCCCCGACUUUUACUUGACUGAUCCAAUUUUGCUAGAUCACUUUAGACCCAGCCUCUAAAUUCUUAUACUAUACAACUCUUACAUAAUUCGCGUCAUUUUUUUUUUUUUGCGAUUGAUGUUUCAUCAUCUGUAUCGGGUGUCCCAAAUUCGUUGUCUAGUGAGGGAAUCGAUUUUCGAAAUAAUUUAAUUGGUGAAAACCGCAACCUUAUAAAUUCAACUGUUUUCAAGCUGUACGAGAAAAUUUGAAAAUGGCGUGAAAUGAAAAGUUUUCAUAACAUCUUUAUUACUUACUGGUGCUAUAAACAUGAAACAUUCUUGUGGUACUUUUUCAGUUGAAUCCAUUGGUGUAAUAAUUUGUUCUUUAUUGCAUUUAGUUUUGAAGUUAUAAUACAAUUAUGUACAAUGUAUUACCUUUGUUUUACUACUUCAAAAUAAUUCCAAAAGAAAACAAAUUAUUACACCAAUAGAUUCCACUGAAAAAAGUGCCUAAAAAAUGUUUCAUGUUUAUUGAACCAAUAAUAAAAAAGUUAUGGCAACUCUUCAUUUCAUACCAUUUCCAAAAUUCUCUUAUAGGUUGGAAACAGUUGAAUUUUUACGGUUUGCGGUUUUCACCUAAUCAAUUCUCUCAUUUACACACUCUCAUACAUACACUUUUACCAUCACCAGGUAUCUGAAGUCGUUUGCUUGUAUAAAUUGACGAAUUUAAAAACUAGUUGAUUUUAUUCUAUCUGUUUAUUUAUGUAUUAAAUUAUAUUAGAUCGAUUUACUUAUAUAGUUAUUGUUGCUAUUGUGAUAUUCCUACAAUUUACAAGUAGUUUAGUGAAAUUUGAAAAUAAGAUUUUCAUACAUUUAGUCCAUAUGAAAAAAAAAAACUCAAAUGCCUGAAUAUGACUAAGUCAAAUUAAUUUGUAAGUUGUGUUCUGUGCAAGCGUUGUUACUGUUCACUUUUUAUUGUUCACCCAUCAUAUGGACCCUCUGUAUAUAUAAUUCCUUUAAUUUUCUAAUUUCAGUUUAGUUCUUAUUCGAAAUACCAAUACAUUUUGAUCAUAUAACAGGUAGUAUAGUAAGGUGGUUGGUGAUAUAAAAUUGUAAAUGUAAUAUUUUGUGUAAUAAAUAGUAACUUCUCCUGUUGA